CAGGAAGCCAAAAUAUCAAAGACCUCCAAAAAUAUUAAAGCCCAUAUAGUCCGUCCGUCCUGCUUUGCCUCUUCUCGCCAUUUACCAAUAACCAGCAUCCAUCUAGCUCCUACUACCACUCUACCAAUCCCCAAAUUUUCCAAAGUAUAAUUGCUGAAAACCAACCCCCGUUCGCCAGUUCCCCGCAUCAUUUCUCCCCUCCAAUACAAAUUAUAUAAUACCCCAAAAAAAAAUAAAAAAAAAUAAAAGGAAAAAGGAAAAAUGCUCUGCUCAAUUUCUGCCUCCACUUCCACCGCCACCUCCUCCUCCUCCUCCGGAAGAUCCAAUUCCAAUUGGCUUGAAAAGCUCCGUUCUUCUAAAGGUUUCCCCUCCUCCACCGACCUCGAUCUCGAGCAAUUUCUCGCUCUCCCCCAAAACCACAACCACCCUGUUCCCCCAGACAACCUAGAACCUAGCAACCACCCCCAGACCCAUCACCCCACCGAUCAAUUACUUCAAAACCCGACUCAACAAAACCCAUUCUUCACCAUAGUGACCAAUGUGCUGGCUGAGCUCUUCUGCAUGGGCGACUCCUCCCUUAAGAUCCAACCCGGAAAGAAAUGCUCCCGCAAACAGACCAUCCCUAAGUUCUGCCUUCCUUCCGAUCCUCCUUCAGAUUUCAGUAAUAAUACUGCCAACUAUGGUGGUAUCAGCGACAAUGCGCCAGCGCCCAGCAAAACCGACAGCGCUUCUCCCGUGAGCGACGACAACAGUGGAGUAGGCCUGGGGAAGGAAUUAGCUGAUCACCAGCAAGUCAAGCUGGUGGAAAAUGUCAUUUGUAUUGAAGAAGGGGAGGUGGAAGAGGAGGAGGAGGAGGACGAGGAGGAGGAAAUGGGUUAUGGCAAUCUUUCCGGGUUUUCCAGGACUGAGGUCACGGUGAUUGAUACCAGCUUCGCAAGCUGGAAAUUUGACAAGAUGUUGUUUAGGAAGAAGAAUGUUUGGAAAGUCCGGGACAAAAGGGGUCAAUUCAUGAGUUCUGGGAAGAAGAAAAAGAGGAAAGCGAGUAGCGUCGAUAGUGAAAAUGUUCGUGGCGGGCUUCAUCGAGUCAAGAAGCCAAAGACUUUUAGUGGGCAACGUGGUUUAUCUAAAAAGGGAAGUGAUGGAGCAUUUAAGGACGAAUAUCAUCUGAAUGAUAAAUCACGGACAGCCAGCAGAAAGAUAUCGGAUUCCUUUAGCAAGGCUCUGAAAAAGAAGCAAUCAACCUUGAGUUUGGAAAAUGGGGGCUCAUCAGUUGUUCUUAUUAAAAACAUACCCACAGGUAAGAAAAGUGGAACAAGCAGUCCAAGAAGUUGUCCAAAAUCAACUCAGAGACAAGUCAAAGUGUAAGCUAUAAACUGGCCGUUCAUAAGUUCCAAGGAUGAAGGUGCGAGUUUUGUGAUCUCUUAUUUGGUUGAUGGAAGAUUACAAGACCUUGCUCUGGCAGUAGAGCUACUCGCAAGGCCUUCUGGGGUGAAGAAGAUAAAGAAUCAGUUUAUCCAUUUAUCCAUUCUUUAUUUGAUAUAUUUAUUACACGCACGCGCGCUCUCUCCAUCUUUUGUAACAAGGCGGAGGGUUAGGUUGGGAAGGGUAUCAGAUUGUUUUGUUCACCCAUAUAUUCAUUACUGAGGCUGCACAUUCCUGUACGCCAUUUACUGUGCCACUUCUGAGUCAAGUAUCAUUUUCUGUGGUCUACGAAUAACAACAAUGUGGCACGCUAUUUUGAUUGCCGUUGCAUACUCUUAUGACUUGUGGAGCUCCAAUCUUCAUCGGUAAAUUCUGCAUAUUAGAAUGGAUGCCCGAUUUUGAGACUGGCCUGCAAACUAUUAUUUGCAAUGAGAAAAUAAUUGAUAUA